AUGGGUUUUCGCUUGUCUGCAAUUGUGCCUGCUAAGCAAGUUCUUCAGCUUUCUGCAUCAGCAGCAAGCCAAGCAGCUUCAAAUGUUUCAAAGGGCUGCCUCGCAGUUUAUGUUGGAGAAAUCCAAAAGAAGCGAUUUGUAACUCCGAUAUCAUACUUGAACCAGCCUACAUUUCAAGACUUGUUAGUUCAAGCUGAAGAAGAAUUCGGAUAUGUUCAUCCAAUGGGUGGUCUCACGAUCGAUUCCUUGCAGAGAAGACAUUUUCCUUGACGUCAUUUCUUGCUUAAAUCGGUCGUGAGAAAGCAGACAAUGGCAAAGAUCA